AUGCAGCAGCAGCAGGAGCAACAGCAGCAGGGAUUUCGCGCUCAGCGCCGCCGCAGCAGUGUUGAUGAGCUGCUCCCCAAGCAGUUGCUACCACUGCCAGAGUCUGCCCUUUAUGAGGCGGUAGCUACGGACGCGGCUGCUGCAGCCGCUGCUGCUGCAGCUGCGGUGGCUUCCGCAGCAGCCGCGAAGGGCCUAGAGGAAGAAGACGAGGAAGAGAUGAUGCAAAAAGCUGCAGAGGCGUAUUUGAUGGCGGUCCACCGGGAGGCGAAGGCGCUCCCCCAGUGCGUAGUCGCUGCUGAACCGGAUAGCUGCAGCGAGCGCGCGAUUCAAGAUGCUCCCGACGCAGCAGCUGGAGCAGCUGCUAGUUGCGCUGCUCCUGAACCUAACAGGAGAAGCGGCAGAAGAAGCGCGGGGUAUGUUCAGCGUUUGUUGCGCCUGCAGCAGCAGGAGACGGAGCAGCAACCGCCCGAACCACAGUGGGAAACCGAGGCUUUAGACUUUUUUCAUCGAAUUCGCGUAUGGAUGCUCGAGCAACAGCAGCAGCAGCAAGGCGGUCAGCAGGAACAACAGCAGCAGCAGCUGUGCAUGCGUUGCAAGGAGUGGACACAUGACGAGUGGCGCCUCUACUUGCGGCGGUUUCCCCCGACUCUUCCUCUACUGGUGCAUUGCGACACGCGUUGCUGCUGCCUGCUGCUGGAGCUGCUUCUACAGGAUCUCGACCUCCAGCUUCGUCAGCAUGCGCUGCGGAGACGCAGACCCCCUUCUGCUGCUGCUACAACAGCAGCAGCAGCAAUAGCAGCACCAGCUGAGGAUGCAGCCGAGUGUUGCCACGUGACCAAUAGUCCUACUUCGCUACCCCAACUCUUUUGGAUCUUUGCGGUCCUUACAAUCCUCGAUGACUUAGAGGCGCUACGGUGCGAAGUUUCCUAUGAGCUCCAGCAGCUGCGGAGGCGUUGCCUGCGGCUUCGCCGCAUUUUGUUGCAGCGUCUGGGCUGUACAGACACCCGAAACAAACAGCAGCAGCACCAAAUGCGCCGACUACAGCGGCCGGCGCCGUUUCUUACGAGUGUUUGCAGCACCAGCAGCACUUCGACUGCCACCACCACCACCGACCCCUCGAAGCAACAGCAGCAGCAGGAGGGAGGGUGGCAACACGACAGGGAGGAGCUGGCGCUGCGGCAACAGCUCGCGGCUGUCGAUGUGCUCUUGCUCGUUGUCAAGCAGUAUUUUGGGCAGAAGUGA